UAGUCGUCGUCGCCGCCGCCGUCGUCUUCGUGUUUGAUGAACGCGCAUUGAGUAAAAGGGCAACACUCGGAUAUCGGUGCCUCUCAGUUCGAAAAACUGGUGAAAAAUUGUGAAAAACUAUCGAAAAGUGGUGCAAAGUGACGGCCGGAAGCCGUUGCAAGUGGCUGGUGCAAAAAGUGACCACAGAAAAGCCGAAUUGUUCUUCGCAUCCCGCGUGUGUUUUGUGUCAGUAAGUGCGUGCGUGUGUGUGUAAAUCUUGAAAGCGACGCGGAUGAUUGUGCUGAAGCAGCAGUUGACGUAGAAAAAGAGGGGCACAGAAAAAAAUGUAUAAGGAAAAUCAAUAAUAAAUAGAAUGCAGUCGUAUUAGUGUUUUUUAAUGUUUCAUUAUCAUUAGUUUUUUUUUUCGGGGUUUAUUUGUCCCGGUGUUUUCGUAAUUUUGCUUUCCGUUGUGCUCCAUACAGUCAAGUGGUGGUUCUUCUCUUCUCCGCGAUCGCAUGAUCGCUGCGGUGUAGAGCAAAUAACAAGCGCAUGAAAAAUGAGAUUGAAGAUUAGUGUGUGCUUACGGUGAAGUCGUCGGGGGCACCGAAGCAGGGGAGCGUCAAGAGCUCUGACCACGAAAUCAAAACGGAAAUUGCGAAUUGUUGUUGCCAAACAAAGCCGUAUUGCUAGCGGCGUGACCGAGCACCAGCACCUAGUAUGAGUGCGGAGUUGAAAUUAGUGUGCUGAUGACGGUGUAAUUAUCGUGGGCUUUCUUUAGCGAUUGGUGCUUGGCAGUGCAAAGCCCACGAAAUAAUCUAGCGUGUUUUUUGUGCGUGGUUUUUGGCAGAAUUACGCGCGCAUGAAGAUUAGCUCUGCCUACAGGCCCGUGAUCGUGACAAGCAGUUUUGAAUUCGAUUUAAUGAAGAAGCCGCGCGCAAAGAGAGCGAAGUGUGAGGCAUCAUGAGUUAGAAAGUGUGAAGAAAGAGAUGGCGCAGCAACAGACUGAAAUCAAUGAGAGUCUCGGAAAAGCUAACGAUAUAGGUGCCGAUCAACAACAGACAAACAAAUCGAGCAAUUUGCAAAAUGGUACUGAUACUCAACCAGGCGGAAAAAAUUCUCAAAGUGGACCAGUAAUGGGUGGUGAGAAAGCAAAAUCACUGUCCGGCGCAGCUGCCGGAGGAAAUGGUGGAAAUGCUCCGUCUUCACCAGCCUCCGCUCCGCCCCACCCUCCUCAUCCGGGAUCAGAAAAUGCCCCCGGAAUGCAUCCCUACGAAUCCUCGGGACAUCAUAUGCCACCUACUAGUAAUGCCGGCUCGGCAGACCCGAAUAACAAAGACGAAAUUCAUCAUCACCCUCAGCAUCAUCCAAUGCAUCAGCAGCACCCGCAACAUCACCAACACCAGAUGUUCGGACAGCCGCCGAUGCAACAUCAACAAUACCCUAGGUAUCAUCAUGACCCGAACAUGCCUCCGGGUGAUCCUUACGCGCACUAUCGCAUGAGUGCAUCUCCGGGUGGUAAGCCUGGUUCAAUGAUACCUCCGAAUAGGCCACCUCCGCAACGCUAUAUGCAGGGUCCGGGUGGUCCCGGAGGUCAUCCACCCGGUCAACAUCCCGGCCAUCCGGGACAGCCGACGCAGGGUCCAACGCCCACAUUGAACUCGUUGCUCCAAUCGCAUCCACCUGGGCAACACCCGCAGCACCGUUACCCGAAUAGCUACGAUCCAAAUCAACCGCAGCCACCACCAUCCCCUGGUCCGGGUCAACCGGGAGCUCAACCGGGUCAACAGCAGCCCCAGCAACAGCCCCCACCCGGGCAGCCUCCGCAACCGUAUGGUCAUCAACAGAGUUGGGCUCCGCCACCGCGACCCUACAGCCCGCAGAUGGGCUCGCAACCGUAUCGUCCCCCUCCACCGGGUAACAACGCACGAGGACAGCCUCCCUACCCACCCGGACCGCCCAACCAAAGUCCGGGUAGCUAUCCUCCACCACAGCAGCAACAAACUCAAGGCCAACAACAGCAACCGGUAGGCCCACAAGGGCAACCCGGUGGUCAACAGGGAGCUCCGCCGUCGCCGCAAGGUCACCAGCAGCCGGGUGGACAACCACCACCAGGCAGCUCCGCAGGAAGCGGUCCCCCGCCACCUUCGUCACAAGGACCGCCACCGCCACAGGCGAAUACUCAGUAUACUCCCUACCAGCAGCGUUAUCCUACGCCUCCAGGACCGAACAGCGGCCCUAACCAUCGGUCGCCGUAUCCUCCUCCGCAUCAAUACGAACCAGUAAGAUCGUGGCCAUCACCGGCAGCCAGUCCGGGCCCGGGAGGACAGCCGCAGCAGAGCCAUUUACCUCCGUCGCCGCACGGUCCACCGCAGAGCCCGGGCCAGCACGGUGCUCCCAGUCCGUCCCCGCAGCCGCCGCAGCCCGCCCAAUCGCCGCACCAGGAUUCCACGGGCCAAAACAGUAAUGACAGCUCGAGCGGCGGUGGAACUGGUGGUGCUUCCGCUGCUCCCGGUACACCUAACUCCCAGGGCAUGAGGCCUAGUCCGUCACCGACUGGUUCAUCUGGGUCCCGAUCUAUGUCGCCGGCAGUUGGUCAGCAGAGUUUACCGAUGCCUCCGCGUCCCUCCAGUAGUCACUCCCAAGUUCCAAAUCAGCAAGCACCGAAUCAACUAGGAAGUAGUAGUAGUAGUAAUCUAGGCCACGGUAAUCAAUCGCAGUCGCAACAGCCGCCGGAUCAUUCGCGUGUUGCAUCACCGAAUCGUCCACCAUCAGUAGGUGGUCCACAGCAAGGUCCGCCCGGACCACCACCUUCGCAAGCAAGCAUGGCAGCUCAAGGAUAUCAAACUCAACCUCCCCAUCCGCCGCAUAUGCACGGUGGCUACAAGAUGGGACCCAGUCCCGGUGGUCCAGGUGCAGGAAUGCCCGGACCACAGCAAAUGUCACCAUAUCCACCACAUAAUCCUCAAUCGCAACAGUAUUCACCACAUUCGCAAGGAAGUUAUUCACCCCGGCCUCAGUACCCGGGUGGUUACGGUCCAUCACCCCCCGGAGGCCAACCAGGACAACCGCCACCUCCUGUUCCACCUCCAAGCAGUGUGACCAGCGGUCCUGGUGGCUAUUCUGGUCAUCGCAUGCCAAACCAUGUGGGUGGUCCUCCACCACAUUCGCAAUAUCCUCCGCACCAACCAUAUCAGCAAGGUUGGGGACCUCCAGGUCCUGGACCACAGGUUCCCGGAGGUCACAUUAACAACCAUCAGCAGCAGCCGGGGAAGGGAAUGCCACCCACCGGUGUGCCACCAUCACCACAGCAACCGAAUCAAGCACAGUCUCAACAGGGACCACCUACCGGAGGUCCGCCCCAGAGCGGAUCCCCACGGCCUCUAAACUAUCUUAAGCAGCAUCUACAACAUAAAGGCGGCUAUGGCGGUGCACCCAGUCCAACACCGCCUCAAGGAUACGGCAAUGGUCCCGGUAUGCAUCCCCCGAUGGGUCCACCUCACCACAUGGGCCCACCGAUGGGACCUACUAGCAUGGGACCACCAUCGGGAACUCCUCCCAACCAGCAAGGGCUACCACCACAAUCCCAGUCGCAGGCCGGACCCAACAGUCAUUCGGAUGGAUCGUUACCACCACAACCGCCCCAUCCGGAAUCGGGUCCGAUCGGUGCCUUGGACAACGGUGUCAGCUCGUCCGGGCCUGGCGGUGGUAUGCCACAUCCAGUUACCUCACUCGUUACAACGGGACCUGAUGGCGCUACCCUCGAUGAAGCCAGUCAGCAGAGUACCUUAUCCAAUACCUCAGUAGCUUCCGGUGAAGAUCCGCAGUGCUCGACGCCGAAAUCGCGGAAAGGCGAACUCUACAACCAAAGUCACCUGACUAGCACGCCAACAACCGCGUCCCCCGGACCGCACAACCAGCAUGAAGACUUCGAGAUGAACUCGCCCACAUCCUGGCCUCGGACGCCAGCUAGUCCAGUAUUUAACAGCCACGUCCCUCCCACGGAGACCCCCUUUAGAUCGACUAAGGUUAAUAUAAAAUCCGACAGUCUGAACAAGUUGUAUGACAUGGACGAUAAACCGGAACGGCGGCCCUGGCUGGACAAACUGCUGGCCUUCAUGGAGGAGCGACGAACACCGAUCACGGCCUGUCCGACGAUCUCGAAGACACCCCUGGAUCUGUACAAGCUGUACACUUUAGUGCAGGAGCGCGGCGGUUUUCUUGAGGUGUGUAAGGUUACCAAAAGUAAAACAUGGAAGGACAUUGCUGGCUUACUCGGCAUCGGCGCCAGUAGCAGUGCGGCGUACACGCUGCGAAAACACUAUACCAAGAAUCUGCUUCCGUUUGAGUGCAAGUUCGAUCGGGGCGGUAUCGACCCGGGCCCGAUCAUUGCCCAGGUCGAGGCCGGUUCCAAGAAGAAAUCGAACAAAACCGCAUCGGUUCCUUCUCCCGGAUCGUCCAAUUCACAAGACUCCUUCCCUGCACCGGGAAGCAGCAGCGCCUCGAUGGAUGGCUACGGUACCUAUCCGGGUGGAGGCUAUCCACCCGGUGCAACAGCGGACUACCAGAACCAACAGCAACAGUCCGGUCAACCGCAGCAACCGCCGACGCAACCUCCGCAACCGCAGGCGCAGCCGAAUCUACAACGACCACCAUCGCAACAAAGCGGCACCCAGUCUCCUCAUCCAGGCUCGGCAACACCGACCACGGGAGAUAACAUUAGCGUGAGCAAUCCUUUCGACGAUCCCGUUGGUCCUCAGCGACCUCCCUAUCAGCAGGGUGCUCCCUAUCCACCAGCUUCACGGCCACAAGGUGCCCCUUACCAGGCACAACCCGGUGGUUAUCAAUAUGGUGCCCCCGAUCAGUACGGUCCAGGCGGCGCGCCCGGUCAGUAUCCACCUGGUCAGCAAGGUCAAUAUCCACCUGCCGGUCGGCCCAUGUACCCUCCCUAUGCUCCUCCAGAAUCUAGUGAAGGAAGAUCGACUCCGCCAGCACCAGGAUCCGCUCCACCAGCCGCUGGCGAUCCGUACCGAGGUUACGGAAGUGCCCCUUAUCCGCCACCACCACAGCAGCGACCUUACCAGCAACCUCCUCCCGUCAGCUCUGGCCCAUCACAAACACCGCCGGCGGGUCCACCAGGUGCGGCUAGUCAACCACCGGUCAGUGGUGCACCAGGACAACAGCAGCCGCCAUCAACACAGGGGCAAGGCUAUCCAGCAACGCCACAACCUCCCCAGCAGCCAGACUACUAUCGGCAAGAUCAGCCUAACCAACCAAGGAGGCAUCCAGACUUCGAGAAAAAUCAACAACCUUAUCCACCCUAUCAGCAACGGCCGCAGAUGUAUCCUGGUGGAUGGCAGAGUGGCGCAGCUCAAUACCGAGGCCAAUAUCCUCCGCAGGGUCCUCAGCAGCAGUGGGGAACGCACAACGGGCCGCGACCAAGUGGGCCACCAGGACCGCCUGCAGGACCCCCAGGUACACCCGGUACGCCAAACCAAUGGAAUGCCGAUGCUAGCCGAUAUCCUCCAAGUCAGCAGCAACCUCCUUAUCCGCCUCAUCAGCAGGGCCAACAGCAACCAUGGAAUCAAAUGCCGCCAACAUCACAGGGUUCACCGUUACGACCACCUCCGCGCGGUGGCAAACCAUUUGCAUCGAUGCAACAGCCCGGAAUGGUCGGUAGUAUGCCAGCUGCCCAACCACAGGUUCCAGGUGGUCCUGUUGGUGGAUCGACUGCAGGUCCUGUUAGCGGGCCAACAGUGGCUCCAGCCCCAAGUGCCACAGGUCAACCGGGAGCUGUCGGUCCUAGUAAACCGAUGCCAGCAGCGCCGUUCCCUCCGACCAGCAGUGUCGCUCCAAAACGAGACAUUGUCUUUCCGUCGGACAGCAUAGAAUCAACAACACCUGUCACGUACCGAAGAAAGCGUAUCAACAAGUUAGACAUCGGUCAAACCGAUCCCUGGCGGAUAUUUAUGGCCCUGCGAUCGGGGUUACUAGUCGAAAGUACUUGGGCGUUGGAUGUGUUGAACAUUUUGCUGUUUGAUGAUUCAUCGGUAGUGUACUUUGGACUCACUCAUCUACCGGGGCUUCUGAAUUUGCUGUUAGAUCACUUCCAGAAGAGCUUGAGUGAUAUGUUUGACACGAAAGACCGAAAAAAUCGACAUGGUCGGGCGUACGGGUGGUUUGGAAAGGAGGUCGAUGAUGGAAGCGACGAGGAAGAGACAGAGAGCAUGACGAACGACGAGAAGAAAGCAAUCGAAGGUGUUAAGCUGGAGGAAGAAGAGCCACGAAUGGAGAUAAAGAAGGAGGUUGGCAGUGAUGAUAUUAAGAUUGAGAACGGCGAGGUGGACACGAACGCAGAUGGAAUGCGAUUUAAGAAGGAACUACACCAGCAGCCGCAGCAUCGCGUUAGAGGUUGCAAAAGGGCUAGAAAAACCUGUGAUCUUGACUUGGGAAGUGUGGUGCAUCCACCGAAUCCGGAAGAUCGGAUAGUGGUGUUUAAUUCUACCACCAACUAUACAAUGAGCUCCCGAAAGGGUCUACCGGUGAAGAUUCAGCCGGCCGAUGAUGACGUGUUUGUGCUGGAGCAUCGAAGAGAAUGGGACAAAACAGCUGACCAUCGGUACCACCGGGAGACAGAGGUCGGCGGAGAUCCGUGGACUGCCGGUCACUCGGAACCAGACCCACAUGACUAUAUCAUGGAAACGUUCCAGGCCGAGUUUGUAAACAUUCCAUUCGCUAGAAUGAUCAAAACUAGUAAAAAGUAUAAAGCACGAUGCAAAAACAACAACAACAGUAGCAGUACGAAUAAUAAUCUGAAACGCACGCAGAAUAAGUACGCGAUAGAAAGCGACGAUAGUGAUAGUGAACAUCACCAGCAGCUAAAACAACCACAACGCAGUAGGACAAACGGCGACAGUCGGAUCAUGAAUGGGGAUGAGAGUAGUGAGGCUGAGGAAGAUACGAAACCUCCUUCCGCUCUUGCAGGAGUGAAAAACCUUGUGGUUAAAAAGGAACUCAAUGAGGUAACCGCAUCGAGUGAUGCUGAUUGUCGGGAGAUCGAUAUGGAGUUGGAGAAAAGCAGUUUGUCAAAUGGACCGCAGGAUGCAGCUGCGGCGGAGGAGUCUGACACAGCCGCAAAGGAGAGUAGUGAAGUGAAAAUGGAGAUCGAAGAGGAGUGCAACGCCACUCAACGGACAGUAAACGAAGAAGAACGAGAGAAAAAGUUCAACGUGGCCGCAACUAUUCGAGACCCAGCGAAGGUGCUGAAACGCCGAAGAAUGAGUGAUUACGAAGAUGAGUGUUACACGCGUGACGAGGCCAGUUUGUACCUGGUUACCGAAGGUCAUGACUGUUUGGCUAGGCGUUGUGUGGCUAUCUCGAAUAUUCUACGAAAUCUGACAUUCGUUCCUGGCAAUGAGACCGAAUUUGCUCGCAGUUCGCGAUUUCUGUCGAUAUUAGGAAAGCUGCUGCUAUUGAAUCAUGAACAUCCAAUGCGAACGAAGAAAACUAGAAACUACGAUAGAGAAGAGGAUGCGGACUUUUCUGAUUCUUGCAGUAGUUUGCAGGGUGAAUCGGAAUGGUGGUGGGACUUUCUAGUGCAAAUUCGAGAAAACAUGCUGGUUUCUAUGGCCAACAUUUCUGGUCAACUCGAUCUCUCAAGAUUUGACGAACCAAUCUCUAGGCCUAUCUUGGACGGUCUGCUGCACUGGUCCGUGUGUCCUUCGGCUCACGGCCAGGAUCCGUUCCCUACGCUGGGAAUCAACUCAGUAUUAUCGCCACAGCGGCUAGCGUUGGAAGCCCUGUGCAAAUUGUGUGUUACCGAUGCCAACGUAGAUCUUGUGAUAGCAACACCUCCUUUCACGCGCUUGGAAAAACUUUGCUCCGUUCUAACGCGACAUCUGUGCAAAAAUGAAGAUCAAGUGCUGCGGGAGUUUUCGGUUAAUCUGCUCCACUACCUCGCCGCGGCUGAUAGCGCGAUGGCACGAACGGUGGCUAUGCAGUCCCCGUGUGUAUCCUACCUGGUAGCAUUCAUCGAACAGGCAGAGCAAACCGCACUGGGAGUAGCCAACCAACACGGUAUCAACUACUUACGCGAUAAUCCUGAUUCAAUGGGAACUAGCUUGGAUAUGCUGCGAAGAGCCGCUGGAACUUUGCUGCAUCUGGCAAGACAUCCGGAUAAUCGGCCCUUGUUUAUGCAACAGGAGCAACGUCUGCUUGGUCUAGUCAUGAGUCACAUCCUUGACCAGCAGGUCGCUCUUAUAAUUUCCAAGGUCUUAUUCCAGUGUUCACGAGGAACCGGUCCACUAACGACAAUGGAGAUUGAAUCCCCUAGCAGUAGCAAUCGAAAGGAAUCGAAAAAAUCUACAGACAAGGAUCACCCAUCCGAAGCCACGAAAUCAUCAAUGCAUUUAAACUCAAUCAUUGCCAACAGUGGUAGCAAUAAUGCAGCUAUGGCACCUCCACCCCCGUCGGCAUCUUUGUCAUCUGGUGGUGGUUCCACAUCAUCCAAAAGUAGCGAACCGCUGACGCAGUUGACAUCUUCGUCUCCUUCGACAACGGCAACGAUGCCAGCUCCAUCGGCUCCGGUCAGUGCAAGUUCAGGUCCACCAGCGUUUGUGCCGCCACCUGCAGUUGCUACAUCGCCGUCGUCAACUUCCUUGAUUGGCAGUCCAACUGCGAGCGGCCCAGCGGAUGUUGGUUCUCCUCCUGCUCCCCCAACACAAACACCUCCGACCCAGCAGCAACAACAGCCGCCACAACAACAACAACAACAUCCGAUAAUCGCUUCUUCGUAGUGGAAGAAAUCGCUCAUACAGAAACAUGUUCAGCCGGUAGCUGAUGAAUAUUCGUUUGCUGAUUAAUCAUGCAAUUGGGGUAAACAAUUAGCAGUAAAACAAGGCAGCGGGAGAGGAAUACCUAGAGGGACAUCUUGGUGACAACUGAGAAUGCGAAACGAAAGAGUAAAUAUUCUUGUGUACAGUAAAUUUUAAGUGUUUCUGCAAGUAGGAUUACGUGGAACGAACGAGUAGAGAGUGAGUAGUUUAGAGUGAAUAAGUGAGCGAAAAUGCAAACACAUAGGACAAACAGAAACUGAAAAAGGAGACAAAAACAAUACGCGAUUAAAUGUGUAGUAGAAUGUAAUUUGACCAACAGUAAAAACCUGCUAAGGUUGGGUCGAUGGUCACCGGUGUUGAAGCGACCAACCAUUGAUAGUUACGGCAGCAGAGGGCAGCAGAAGUGCUGUGUUGGACAGUUUUUCUUUGUAUAGAGAGAAAGAAUUAGGUUACUAAGCUUUAUAUGGGGAUGGAGGGAUGUGAACUGCAAGAAAAUUUAAAUACUAAAACUCCGGCAACUGUUGCAAAAAAAAAGAAUUUUGCUUUAAUUACUAUCUAUCCGUAGAAUCAAACUGAAACAUAAUCGGGUAUUUGUUGUCUGUUAGGCUUAGCGUUUUGUUUGCAGGUUUUGUUUUUUUUUAAAUAUUUUUUGGUAAUGCGGUGACACUAGUAGCCAACAGUAGUCGUUCCACAGCGCUUUACUCUGACUUGAAAAUUGCACGUUUUUUUUCGGUGAGCUGAACUCGGAUUGAAGGUCAUAAUCAGUGCUUAACGGUGAGAUGACAAUCUAACGAUCUUUUUUUGCGUUUUCGAGUAAGUAGAAUGUGAUUUUCAUACCGUUGUUGUUGCGGAUUUUUCAAAAAUCGGCUUGCAGCUUCAUUAAACAAACGGUCACUUCACUCUCGGUGAUUAGUUGAUCAUAACUAACAAAACUAGGGUUUGUAUCGAUUUUUGGAAAGUAAUGGAAUCAAAGUAAGUGUAGUGUUUGAAUAGGUUUGUUCUUUUAACCUAAAACUUUUAUUUCUUCGGAUUAGAACUGAAUUAUUUUUUUUCUCGGACAAUCCGUUAAAUUCUCAAGGUAAUUUAUUAAAUAUUUUGAUUUGGCUUAGUUCGACAGGAUAUCUGUAUCUGAUGGUUUUCCGUAGAACAAGCAUCCGUUUUUCGAAUUUAUUUCGAAGUUGUUUAGUGUUGCUUGAAAUGGGAAAAUCUUAAAUGAACUGUAUGUAUACUCAUAGUGUUAACUGACGAAAGAUUAGCGUUACAGCAAGACAAAUGCAUCGCUACUACCCUAAAAAACCCCCACCUCCCCUGUGUAUAGGUGUCAAACUAUAUAUUCUAUUGUUGGUAGACACAAGUCGACACGGUCGAAACUGUACAGUUUUUUCCUAGGUAAGAGCGACCUUGAACGAGACGAACUACUUAAUCGAAAAGGAAUAUAAGGGAAACCUUUCUCUCUGUUCCACUGAACGGUAAACGAAACAAAGAAAAAACAAAACGCUCUAGGAUUGGAAAACACGUGUAAUUAGUAAUUUAUUAUUGAUGCUUCGACCCACAGCUCCAGGUUUAGAGCGUGAGGGCUAAUGACGAGAAAAAGAAAACAUUGAUCUAUUAAUUGAUUGAUACUGGAAGUAAAUUAAUGUGUUAGAAGUGUAGCUAAAGUAAAACUAUAUGAGUAUAGCAAAAAACAUAGAAACAACAAAUAGAAUAUAUUAGAGUGGUCCUUGAUUACAAUUGGGUAAAAAGCAACAUCAGUAAAAAAAAAACAAACAAAACAAAAUGAAAACGUGAAAAAGCUCUGAAAGCUGGAAUUUCCAAAGGGCCGGAAGUCGUUUGUGGUGGACUUCUUUCGGAACUUAUAGCGAUAUUGAGGGCAAGUGAACUAAAUAAACCGAAUCUCUGUUAGACUAAGAGAUGACUAAACGAAUAUUUAAAUCCUGAAUCACACACACGCAUACAUUAAAAUGAGUCACGGGGGCAGAAGAAAACACAUGCUGCUGAACACUAGUGAGAUAUACGGUUUAAGAUCUACGCUGAUCCCGCUAGAGGGUUACAUGAGAAUGAGUUAGCUGUGGUAAACAAAAAAAAAAAAAAAAUAACAAAAAGGUAAAAUAUGAAUAUCUGUUUAUCUUCCCACUUUUUUCCGUUGUACAACUGGAUGUGUGUGUAACAAGCUUACUGAAUAAGAACCCUAGGGAAAAGAAGCAAACUUGACACGCUCAUAAGGGCGGAAGCAGUACCCUAUUUGUUUCCGGCUUAUUUUUAAAACUGCAAACCCAGAAACAGAGCAUAGAGUAGCUGAGCUAAGUGUAAAUUUGAAAAACAAAAAGAUACUGCUUUGUAUAGUUGUGAAGCGAAAGCACAUAAAAUGCUUCUCCACUUCACUUCCCCCAUUUAGUGUUGGUUCUCUGAUUUAAGCUGAGAAUAGGUUUCUUGCAUUGGAGUUUAUAUCAGUAGGGUUUUUUCCUCCCCAGCGAGCUUGUCGUUGUCUCUCAGUAAGGAAAUUAAAUUAUUAUCAUUUUUGUACGGACCCUAUCUACCGCGGAUUAAGGAGUAGCACGAACCUAGAACCAUUUCCUUUAUAGAUUGAUUUAUAAAGGAAGCAACGAGUAAAUAGUAAAACAAGCACCGUUGACAGAGAAUAAAAGCAGAAAACAAAAAAAGUAUAUAAUAAAGUGAAUCUUUAUUAAGAAGCUAACGUUAGCUUGUAGGACGGGAACUCUUAAUAACCUAUUAUGUAAUGAAACAAUGCAGAAGAAUGCAGUGGAUACACAAAGGAAGGAAAAUAUAUAAAUGUCAAAUAAAUUCAAUUAAGGAUAAUUUAACAUUAAACACACACACGCUAAUUGGAACACAUGGAUUGGAUGAUAAGAUUUGCGAUGCAUACGAGUAAAGGCAAAGAAAGAAAAUCAACAACACGUACAUACAGAAGUAAGAGAAAAUAAUAGCGAAAACGGAAAGAAUGAGACGAAAAAUAAACAAGGAAGGGAGUAAAAUUAUAUAAUGAAACUAUUUGUAAUUAUUAUUAUUGACAUAAAAGUAUAAAUACACUUAGUUUUUUUAAUUAAAAUAAUAAAAAAAAUAUAAAAAAA